AUGAAUGAUGAAGAAGUAAGAUUGCUAGGAAAUUAAGAGAGAAGGGAGAGACAAGAUUAUAAAACUUAUGAUAAGUAAUAUAAAAUAAAAAAUAAAAGAGUUGAAGAUUAAUCAGGUCCAUCAAAAUUUGAUGCAGUUGUCUUACUGAUUUUAUUAAUAAUGUUUGGAUUGUCAGGAUUUGGAUUAAUGAAUCAUUAUAAUGGUAAAUUUGCUUAAUUUAAGGGUUAGUUAAAAAUCCAUCCCAAUCUGUAGAUAAUAAUGAUAUACGUGGAGGGUUAUAAAAUAUUCAUUAAAAAGAUAUAAGUGGAUAGGAUGUUUUCAAUAAAAUAAGUGAUGGAUUAUAAAAUGUUGGUGAUAGUAAAGCACCUAAAGAAGAUGAACUUGCAAUAGAUAGUGUUUUAGAUAGUUAUAUCUCAAAAAUAGAAUAAUACACAGAUGUUCGUACUGAUUGGGUAGAUGAUGAAGAUGAAAUCAAUAAAAAAAUAGAAGAGAAAUUAGAAGAGUAAUAAAAUGUUGUUUAGGAUCUAGAAGAAUUGAUAAUAUUAUAAGAACCUGAGAUCUCCAUUCUAAAACCUGUGUAUUCAAAAAAUAUAUAUACUUAUAAAGAAUUAUAAAAUGGAAUAAGAAUAUUAUUUAUUUAAUCAACUACUCAAGGGAUUCAUCUUACAAUUACAUUAAAUAUUGGAAAGAAGAAUGAUCCUUAAGAUAAACCUGGAUUGACAGAAUUAUUAUUUAGAUGUCUCCAAACCAAUUUUUAUAUUGAAAUCUACAAUCAUUAUACUACAUUAACGACUGAACUAAAUUUAUUUGAAGAAUUGAAUGCAAAAUUAUAAGAAUUGUAUAACAUUUUGACAAAACCAUAAUUUAUAGAUAUUGAAAAAAAUGCUAAAGAAUUAUUAGAUGAUUUAAUGGUUGAAUCAAAAUCUGGUGAUUUAGAAUAUGUUAGUGAAUUUUUAAGCUAAUAAUCUUCAUUAAAAGAAUUAAAGGUUUUAGAAGUAGAUUCUGAUUAAUUAUACUAAUAAUAUAUUCAACAUAUUUCAGCAGAUACAAUUAGUUUAAUUUUUAAGAGUUAAGAUGAGUAGGAAACUAUUCUAAAUAAACUAUUUUAAUCAGAAUUAGUUAAAUUAAAAAAUUUACAUAAAUAUUAAAAACCUCUCUUUUAAAAUAGAUAUCCAUUAGGUAGACAUAUUCUAAAAUUUAAAAGUGAUACCGAAGAAUUGGCUAUAUUAUCUAUGAGUGAUUAAUACAGUUGUUAAAGAUUCUUAGCUUAUCUAUUACCAAAACCAUUAUAUGGUGCAAUGUGGUAGGAUCAUUUAUUAGUUACUUUAGAUUAAGAUUUAGGCACUGUUUUAAAUUAUAUUAAUAAAUUUAUACAAUUUUUAGAUUAUUUAAAAUAAGCAGAUGAAACAUAACUUUAAUAUUUAUAUUCUUAAAUGUUAUCAACAGAAGAAUUAUUAUUUAAUACUAAAUAUGAAGAGAAUCUUGUUUAAAUAGGAUAAAAUCUAUUUGCAGAUCCAAUUUAUGUUUUAAAAGGAUAAGAAAGUUUACCUAUAUUUGACAAAGAGGAAUUCGAUUAAUUUUUAUCAAAUUUAGCUAAUAAUUUUAUUGUUUUAGUUGGAAGUGAGAAUUUCUAAUACAAUUAAUCAUAUGAAUCUUAAAAAGAUGAUUCAAUAUUUAUAUUGGAUGCUGUUUUAAAUAAAAUUCAUCAAGAAUUUAUUUAUGACUUAAAACCUUUAGUAAAAUUAUUUGAACUUAACAAUUUAUUUUAAUUUUAAUUACCUGCUAUAAGUCCAUUCUUACCAGAAAACUUAGCUAUAAUCUCAGUUUGUUAAGAACCUGUAUAUAAAAUAUAAGGAUUUGGAUUAUAAAAAGUAGAUGAUUUAAGUUUAACAGUAAAAGAAGGAAAAUUUGAUGGGUCAAGAGAGCCAAAGUUUGAAACAGUAGAAUUUGUUUGUGAAUUUCCAUUACCAGAUUUUCAAGUAGAUUGCUAAGAAAAGGAAAAAGCUGCUUAAUUCUCAUUAACACCAUUUUAGAUUGCUAGAAAUAUUUGGUGGAAACCAAGUAGAUUAAGUGCUAUGGUAUUUACAGGAUUAUUUAUUGAAAAACCUGAAUCUACUUUAGCUUAAGGUAAAACUAUGCUAAAAUUAUUGUAAAAAUAUUAUACAGAAUUAUCAAAAAGAUUAUUUUAAUAAGAAUUUUUAUUUGGAUAUGAAUUAACCUUUAAAGAAACUAUAAAUGGUUUAAAUAUAUAGAUGCUUAGUUAUUCAGAAAAGAAAUCAGAAUUUUAAGAUAAAGUAUUUGAUUUAAUGGCUAAUAAUGAUGAGUAACUAUUUUUAUAUGUGAAAGAUUUAUUAAAAAAGGAUAUUAGGAGAUUUCAUGAUUAAAAAUUGUCACUUUUGACUUAAUAAUAUUAUUUACCAAAAAUAAUGUUGAGACCAAUUAAUACUCCAUAAGAAAUAUUAAAUGUAUUAGAUGAAGUUGAAUAUGAAUAAUUUUAAAAAUUCUAAAGCAAUCUUUUAUCGAGUAAAAUUGAGAUUUUAAAUAUUGGUAAUAUGCUACCAGAUGAAGAUGCAUUUGAUCAUUCUUAAGAAACCUAUUUGACAAGAACAUUAAAUUUAAAAGGAUAAAAUUUAAAGUAUAUAGUUUAAAGAGAAUCAAAUAAUGAUAUGACUUCAUCAGUACUAAAUUAUUAUUAAACAGGAUUAAAAAACAUAGAAACAACUUCAAAAUUAUAUUUUUAUGCAGACUAUUUGUAAUCUUAUUCGAACAAUUACUUUUAAAUGGGUUAAUAAGUUUUAAUAAAAAGAAAACCAUUGGGAUGUGCAGAUGGAUUAUAAGUAUAUAUGUAAGGGAUUAUGCCUUAAGAUGGGAAUGAAGAAAUUGAGAAAUUCUUAAAAUAAGCUAAUUUGUAAUUAAGCAAUUUAUAAGAUGAAGAUAUAUUAGAAUAGAAAUUAUAUACAAUAAAUAAAUUAUAUAAUGAGAUUAAAUUUAAGACUCUUUAAGAAGAAGGGCAAUUUAUAUGGGAUAAGAUUGUUAAUAAGAAUUAUGCAUUCAGCGAGAUUUAAGAUGUAAUUAGAUAUUUAGAUGAUGCAUUUCCAUAGAAAUUAAGAGAAUGUGCAAAUUUAGUUAUGUAAGGAUAAAUAAGUGUACAAGUAUAUGCAAUUGAUUAGGCGAUUGAGAAUAGUGAAGGAAUUUAGAGUUUAGAAUAAUUAGUUGAUUAGGAUGUUUAUGAAUGUUUUUUUACAUUGUGA